AUGAUAGUGCCAAAUAACGGUUUAUUCAUUAAAGUAUUCAACAAACAAAUUUGCACCAGUGAAGAUCUGUCCUAUGUGGAUAUUCAUUCUGUUGCAACAUUGAUGCAAGAUGCACUUUGGAGCAGCCAUGAACGCAUUAUAUCCAAGAAAGCAUGGAGGUCAAUCAACUAUGAAACUUGCACGUUAUCAAAACUAUCACCAGUCAUCACGAGCAAGGCAGAACAGCUGCUGAUCGACAUUUUAGACUUUUUGGUAGAAUUGAUGCAGUAUAAAAGCGUGAAUCUAAUGGAUGCAUAUAAAUUGGGGGAUGCAUUAGGCAAAGUUGUGUUGGGGCCAGCAGACUGUGACCAAAUCAUAACUGAAAAGGCUGGCCAUUUCCUGACACGCAUGAUCAUAGAGCAUGCCAAAGUGCUCAAGCAACGUCGAGAGCAAUUACAGCAAAAAUCCUCGUUACGCCGCAUUGACUCUGGAUUCCAGCAUUCGCCAUCUUCAUCGUCCUCAUCGUCCUGCCACAGCUUCUAUACAGAAUAUCAACCCAUUUGCAAAUCCCAAGGUACAGAAGCUAGGGCAAGAUUUUAUGAUCGAGUGGUAAUCAAAACCAAGUGGGCUAGCUUUGACUGGCUUGACAAUACGGUUGGGAUCAGAGCCAUGCUGGACGGCAACUAUGAAUUUGCCCCUGACCCGCCUGAAAAGCCCUGGAUUUCAAUCUUUACAUCCUCAGACAUGAUCAAAUGCCAUAAAGACAUGAACGCCUCGCCGAUCCUCUAUCGUAUUCUGAGGGAAGCAUCCAAGCCACCAUCGACACAUUAUAAAUCCAUGUCGUCGGAUCCAUUUGCAACCUCCUAUCUAUUCAACAAGUCUAAGAUCUACUGGGCGGAAAGACAGAUACAAGAUGCCUUCAUUGAAUUCCAUCCACAGUAUCAUUUGUAUACAAACUUGAAUGGGUCACACGACGGCAGUGCUGGUACCCUUUGUGACAGAUCUAACCCUUUAAAGAAACUCAAUCAUUCGCUCUCCCACAUCAAACUGAAUAUCAAGAAAUAUAGGUCCAGACAUGAUUUGCUAGAAGAGAGCAUGAUCAGUGAGAACACAACCAUAGCUGUUCUGGAGGAGGAGCAGCCCGAGACAAAGGAAGCAAACACUACCGUUGAGAGAUCUAGCACAAAAAAUAUGGGAAGUGUCAUGAAGAAGAUGAUAAAGAUGGGUGGAUAUCAUGGCAGCAAGAUUGUUGUUUGA